CAAGCGGAGCCCGUGUAUUUUGAUUUAUUACAGCGGCUUUCUGAGAAAAAACAAGAUGGAGGAUGAUUCUCCCGUUAUUUAUGGCUUGGAAUUCAACGCAAGGGCUCUGACACCGCAGCAUGCCGAGUCUGAUGUGAUCAGAUUCCUGGCUGGAUCCCAGUCCCUGAAAUUUGAGAAUCAGGUCCAUCUGAUUGACUUUGAUGAUGAAAGCAAUCUUAUUAACAAAAAUGUGUUCCUGCAUCCAGCAGGUGAAAUCUGGAACAUAAAUGCCAGUCCUGUGGACAAGAACAUAUUGGCAACCUGUUACAACAAAGUGAGUGAGAACAGAGCUGAAAUCCAGGGUGCAAUCUGGAGAAUUCCUCCUAUAGAUGAGACUGAACCUCCCCCACCUGACUCCCCUGGGCUCAUUCACUCCCCUGGGGGAGGACACUCUAGAUCUCUACAACUUGUUUGUAACUUGGAAAACCAUCAGGAAAAUAUCAAGAGUGUUUUGUGGAAUCCUUCUGGUGAUGGCACCCAAGUUAUUUCCAUCACUGAGCAACACUUGGACCUAUGGGACCUCAACACGACCACACCCACUUUGCAGGAUGUGGAUUCAACUAGUUUGGAAGGUAAAAGCCAGCCACGCUUCACAACAGGAAGAUGGAACCCUCAUCAUGGUGGCUCACAGAUUGCGACUGCUAAUGACAGUACCAUCAGGGGAUGGGACAUCAGGACUUUAAGACAAGUCUAUUCAAUAGAAAAUGCUCACGGUCAGCUAGUGCGGGAGUUGGACUUCAACCCUAACAAACAGUACUAUCUGGUGAGCUGUGGUGAUGAUUGUAAGAUCAAGUUCUGGGAUACUAGGAACACUGAACAGCCUUUGGUUUCGAUAACAGAACAUUCUCAUUGGGUGUGGAGUGUCCGCUAUAACCAUUUCCAUGACCAGUUAGUGCUGUCCAGCAGCAGUGAUAGCAGGGUGGUUCUGCAUAACAUGGUUUCCCUGUCGUCUGAGCCAUUUGGUCAUCUGGACGAUGAAGACGAAGAUGAGGACCAGCGCGACAAGGGGUCCAGCGGGCCUGCAAGUGAUGGUGUCAUCGCCUCAUAUGACGAGCAUGAGGACAGCGUGUAUGCCGUAGAGUGGUCAACCGCUGACCCAUGGGUCUUUGCAUCGCUGUCAUACGACGGUAGGCUCGUUAUCAACAGAGUGCCCCGCGCUGAGAAAUACAAGAUCCUACUUUGAUGAGUGACAUGUGUCAAAUUUUUUUAUCGAUGUUUGAUUGUGAUUUGUCAAUUAUGGGACAUUGGAUAGGGUUCGUGGAAUACUUGAUAUGGUUCACAUGUGUAUUACUGGAUGUCAAUUAUUGAACACUUGAUUGGGUUCACAUGUUGGAUUACCGGGUGUCAAUCACUGAACACUUGACAGGGUUCACAUGUUGGGUUAUCAGGUGUCAAUCAUAAGACGCUUGACUGUGUUCAUGGACUCUAAUCAGCAGGUGUCUAUUAUACGACACUUGGUAGGGUUCACAGAUAUUGGAUAGCAAAUCCACAGGAAACCCAGUAAAUUGGGAGAAAGUUCAUCAUUCAUUAAAGACCAAGCGUCCAUG